AUGGAUACCAUAGAAUUUUAUAGUACUCGAGGAACAUACGGUAUAUUUAGUAACUUUUACAGAUUUGAUGUUACGAUUGACGAUAAAAUUUGGCCAACUACCGAGCAUUAUUUUCAAGCUCAGAAAUUUCCGGAUCAACCCGAAGUUCAAGAAAAAAUUCGUCGUCUUCCCAGUCCAGGUGAUGCAGCCCGAGCUGGUAGAACUCAGUCCGGUCUACGCUCAGAUUGGGAAGAGGUUAAAGAUGAU